GAGAAGAAGCGGGAAUACGGGCCACUCCCUAAAUUGCCCGGUGAUGUGUCUGGGGAAUGCGGGCCACUCCCUAAAAUGCCCGUGGGUGCUCAUCGAAAUGCUGGCUUGCCUGCCCCCAACUUGCCUGAGGGUGCAGUGCAUCAACCAGAUGCAGAAAGUGUGGAAAAUCAAAGGGUUGUUGAUCCUACUGUCCCGUGGGCUCACCCAUGUUUCUCGGUGCCAGCAGCCUCUCAUGAUGGAGUGCAAACAUCCGUGCAAGUGCCUGUUGAUGUUGGAAUUUGCUCGAUUGUUGGAGGUGUUGCUGAUGUGUGGGGAUCUGCUGAUUCACUCCUUGGCUUGGACUCCAACCAGUUUCUGAACCUUUUGGUCCCGUGCAUUGCUGACUCACAGCAAUUGACCUCUUUGCGAGGCAGAUUCAUUCGUAGCACAGAUCGCAUGCAAUUGCUUGGAAAACAUCAGGAUCUUUGGGCUGAUGAUGAAAUUCGCUUCCAUUUGCACUUGAUUCAGCAAGCGUUUCAGGGUAAGCCUAAGGGAGAUGGUGGUCAUGGCUUGAUCAUAGUUGACCCUCUGGUUUCAGCUGCUUGGAUUCAGAACCGUGCAUUUGCGUGUGAACAAUGGGCUGCUGCCCAUCCUGAAGUGUGCUCACAGGCGAUUCAGGUCAUCAUGGUGGUUCGUGUUGAACAGCACUGGAUUCCAGUCCAUUUUGUCCCCAAUGGAAGGCAUGUAAAUGUGUUCACGUGGGAUGCACCUGAGAACUCUCAUGAUGUUUUGAAUGGCAUGAUUGAGAAGUUGGCGUUUCCUUGGGGAUUUGGGACUUUCCUCAUUCACAGACAGCAAAGAAUGUUCUUUUCAAGCCGAUUGUGUGGUGCCCUUGCAGUGCACUAUGUCCGACAUGUCCUGUUUGGAACCCAGCUGCCCGCCACCCAGAAUGAGGCUAUGGAUUCACACAAUUGGUUACGUGAGAAGUUUGUAGAAUGCCUUAGCCAACAUACCCAGGUGAUGCGCCCUUGGAUUUGGGGCCAAGGAGAUGAUGAGGCCACGGAGAAGAGUUGGCCAUCCCAUGAUUCCUCUCCUGCCAAUACUGGUGGUGCUGCAGCCUCCUCAGCAGCUCCACCCAGGGUAUAUGACUCCAACAGGGUUCUUUCCUCUCACAUGUGCAUAUCCCUUGACGACAGACUUGACCUGAUGGCUCAACAUGGCCGUGACAUGGCUGAUGAUGAAAUUCGCUUCCACUUGAAUGUUUUGGUUGAUCGUUACAAUGAGCAACGCCUGACUGCCAACCGAUUUCGUCCCUUUUUCAUGGCUUUUGAUUGCCUCAAUUUCUGGAACUGGGAUGAAACAGGCCAUGUCCUUACUGAAAAGUGGUGUGUGUCGUUUCCACAGGUUCGAUCAGAAGGUCAACAGGUUGUUACGGUGAUGCUGAUUGAUGACCAUUGGAUCCCUUUUUGGUUGGUUCCUGGGGGUAGGGUUUUGGUUGCUCACACCUUCAAUGACUGGCUUGAUUGGGACAUUGUUGAGGGCCGCAUUCGAUGGAUGGGCUUGCACUUGGGAUUUGAAGAGGUCGUCAUCCACCGUAUUCCUCAGGGAUUGCCGGAUCACAGAUUGUGUGGCUCUCAGGCACUGUCCUUUCUUGCUCAUGUUUUGCUUCAAGCUGACUUGCCUCAAGAUUUGCGAGGGUUGGAAGACAUGUUCACGGCUCAAAGGGCGUCAUUUGUCCAAGAAAUGUAUGCGGAUAGUGUGUGCCGAUGCCCAGUGAUUUGGGGAGCAGGUGGAAGUGGGGUGCUUAUCAAAUCCCUCUCAGAAGAGCUUCUUCGUCAUGGUCCGUUUCCAUGGCCUAAGCCGUGGGAAAUUUCUCCUGAUGCAUGGACAUCAUUGCCUGGUGAUCCCUCCGAGAAGUAUGCUGCCCUUUGGAACAUGGUUGAAAAAGCUGCCUCAGAUGCGCUGCCGUUUUGUCCUGGAAAACAAGUCAAGGGUCGUGCUCAGACCAUUGCCCCAAAAACUAGACGUGUUGGCCGAUGUCCACCGUUGAAGGUCUCCAUUGAAGAGUUGAAGUGGAGGAUGGAAUAUGCCUGGUUGAGAGUGGUUUCCUCCAGGGUGGCUCAUCGCCCUGGUUUGGCAGAUCUUGGCCGUGCAGAUCCCAAAAAGACUCGCAAGACGAAGUGGUUCAUCAAAGUCGUGAAAGAAGUGAUGCGUCACAUGCAGCUCCCUUUUGCCGAGUUGCUGCUGGAAGAAAAGUCUGCCAGCCUCAUCAAACGCUGUCAGGCAGAGGGGCGCUACUUUCCCGAGUUCUUGUUGGACUUCAAAUUGACGGGGACCUUAGAGGGAUCGGACCAUGUCACAAUUUCCCAGCAAUGUCCGGAGCGAUGA